ACACAUGUAUACACACACACACAUACACAUCUAGAACUGUCUGUGGGUGUUGCAGGCCUGUGUUAAAAGGAAAUACAAAUUCAGGAAAAAGAUGCAGUGUACCGAUAUUCCUUCUCGUUAAGAGCCCUGAUGAAAAUUUCGACUGAAUGAGAAAAAAAAUAAAAAAAAUAACGUAGCAAAUUGAGUCAGAAAGUGUCAUAAACAGAUUCAUAAUUUCCUCUCCCGAAAUUUAUUACUGGACUGACUCUCAGUCACGUUGCUGAACACUCUGAAACGUAAUUGCUGACCCAGCUGAAGCAUUCACGCAAUAAUCAGUGACGUCAGGCUUACGUAGUCCGCACCACUCAAGACCCACCACCGGGACAGUCCCUGCCUGUAACAGAUAGAACAGAGUGCCCGUGACGUCACAAUGUCCUGGGAAGACUUCAUCUCCCACGUCCUGGCGACCACCAGCAAAGUGGACAAGAUGGUCAUCUACGAUCUGAAGGGGCGGCCGGUGGCUGUCACGGAGGACAUGGAGACAUCCCAGUCCGAGGGCCUGGCACUAGUCAACUGUCUACUGGACCCCGCCAAGACCCUGACCAAACUACACAUCGGUGACGACAUCUUCAUCUGUAUACAAGGCAUUGGCCACACUUUCAUCGGGACAAGCGUACGCAACCACUCCAUGGUGAUCGUAGCUCACAAAGACAGCGAUCACGUGGUCGUAGUGAUUGGCCAUUCAGCGGGCAGAGGUUCCUUCAUCUUUGAACUCAAGCGGGGUUUGAGCCUGAAGGCUCAGGGACAGCUGCUCAGCCAACAGCAGCAGCAGCAGCAGCAACAGCUUUUGCCGAUAGACUCUGAAAUUGAUGUAGUCAUAGGGGGUGCCGCAGCUAGUCCUGAGAGUGUUCUGGUGGAUCUGAUGUCUUAGUUCUGUUCUUCAAUUUGUCUUGUGUGGGUUGACAAGUUUUUCGAUUGCUGAAGUACUUGAGUAAUAACUGACAAGUGAUUCCAUUGGUCGAGUACUUUAGUAAUGACCGGCAAGUGAUUCUGUUCUGCGCUAAGUACUGAUCGGCACAAUCUUAGAUUGCGCUGCAGGUUUUAACGAUCGUACAAUUAAAUGCACGGCAAUCUGAAGUUUGCGUUAAAUUUUUUAAAUAAUUUUUUUUUCAAUUCACUUCCAUCUUUAUUCUUUUACUCACAUCA